AUGGGUCGCGAGAUAUUCGACAUAACCCUGGGCCAACUCGACAAUACGAGUACGGUACACGCUUCGUAUGAGGAAGCAGAUGCAGGUGAAGAGGAGGGCAGAGUAGAGAGCUUUCCAUCCCGGCGUGGCCCAGAUGUCUUUUCAUCGUCCUUUUAUGCACUUCAGCUUAUCGAUUUGGCCCUGUUUACCUCGAGAAAAGAGCAACUUGCGGCCCCCGAGUCCCCCAACUUUGCUGUACUCUAUGCAGUGAAUGUUCCCGUAACGCAGUUAGGGUCUUCGCCGUCAAAAAAGAGGGGGGGGGGCGGAAUCAAACGCACGUUGGGUUCAGUAUCAAUGAUUGCCCUUUUUCACACGUCACGUUCCUGCUCCGCCGCUGCCGCCGCUGCUUGCUCGCUGCUUGUCAUCUUCAUCUGCACUGCUCUGCCUGUUCCGCCACAACUCCCCAUCAUGUCCUUCCCCUUCCAUCCCGAAGCCUUCGCUCUUCUCAUCGCCACCUUGGCAGAGGACCCUCCCGCCUUCCGAUCUCUCAAAGACUUCGCCGCUUGCCACCGUUUUCCCCCUCUCCCCGCAUUGAACACAUCGACUUACGCAGGCGUCAGAGGUGCCCGUGCCUUUCAGCAUUUGGCUGCAGGUCACAGGUAUACCCCAGAAUGCCAUGUCGAUGGACGUCAGUUUCGGGCUGCAAACUUAGACUCCACUCGCUGGUUCCCGCCUCCUAUGAAACCUGUCUGUCCUGCUGCUCCUGGACACAAUUCUAAAUAUUUUGAACCGUCCUGCCAUCCUGAACUCUCCUCUACACAAUCCUGGUAUCCUGAACCGUCCUGCCAUCCUAAACUCUCCUCUACACAAUCCUGGUAUCCUGAACCGUCCUGCCAUCCUAAACUCUCUACACAAUCCUGGUAUCCUGAACCGUCCUGUCAUCCUGAACCGUCCUGUCAUCCUACCGUCCUGUCAUCCUGA